AGCACUCGGUCACCACCCCUCCCACCAAAACUUGACACUCAACUUAAAACUCCUCUCUAUUCUCUAUUCUCUAUUUCCAAGAUUUUCAGACAUCCUCCUCCAUCCACAGAAUACAGACCACUCUGCUCAAAUUUACCCACCGCUGCGUGAGGAUUUCUGCUCUCACACUCUAUUAGCAAGAAAAUGGUGAGGGAUUGCAUGGACUGCAGGAAGUGGGAAGAAGACAUGUACUGGUCGCGUUUUCAGACAGUUCAGUUCUGUCAGGUCCUCACCGGCAGAUUUGAUCAGCAACUUGCCAUCCCCAAAAAGUUUGCCAACAAUCUAAGAGAGAAAAUGGCAGGAACAGUAGCAUUGAAAGGCCCAAGUGGGCAUGAAUGGAGUGUAGGACUGGUGACAAACGGAGAUAUGUUGCUUCUCGGACAUGGCUGGAAAGCAUUUGUUGAAGACCAUUCCCUAGAAGAAAAUGAUAUUUUAAUUUUCAAGUACAAUGGGAAUUCAAGAUUUGAGGUUUUGAUGUUUGAUCAAGCAAGCUUGUGCGAGAAAACAACAUCUUAUUUUGUUAAGAAAUGUGAGCACACGGAAAGUGCACGUGGCAAUAAGCGAGGGAGAAGCUUGGAAGAAAGUUUCGAUGAAACCAAUCAAUCCCCGGAUGAUGUUGCUGAUGAUCAUAGAGCGAAGAAACCGAGGAGUGAUGCUGCACAAACACCACCUUCAAGAAUACAGCCUAGUCGAUCUACUUCAAGGAGUCGAAGGGGAAUAAAAAGAGGAAAACGAGGCUCAAGAGCUGCACACCCGUUGCAGCUUAAAUCUCGUAGACGGGAGGUAACUGAGGAAGAAAAACAGAGAGCGCAACAAAUGGCUGUUGCCGAGACAUCUGAGAACAGUUUCAUUGUGGUUAUGCGGGCAUCGCAUGUAUACAGGGGGUUUUUCAUGUCAGUCCCGGCUGAGUGGGCAAGGCGCCAUCUUCCGAACAAAAGCCAUGACAUAGAGCUUCACGCCAACGGAAAUGUAUGGAUAGCUAAAUACCACUACAAAGGUUAUGGUGGUGGACUUACUGGUGGGUGGAAGAAUUUCGUCAUGGAAAAUUUCUUGGAAGAAUCCGACGUAUGUUUAUUUGAUCUGAUAAGUGGAACAGACGACGCCAUAAUCCUUGAUGUCAAAAUCUUCAGAGUCGUGGAGGAGGUUAUUCCACCAUCUCAGGUGAUGCGAGAAACAUCAAGGGGAACUAGCAAGAGGGCGUCAAAGUUUGUGAUGGACUCGGUGAGUGAGGAAGAUGUAUAAGUUUAUGCUCAAAGUGCAGGGUGGCUUAGGAGGUUUAAUUUUGAACAAACGGUGAAUUCUUAGAAUUUUGAUUUGUUUUUUAAUCGUAAAUAUAUUUUAAUUGGUUGGUAAGUACUAAUGACAUUUCAAUAGUUUCCUAAGAUAAAUAUAAA